AUGAGAAACCUCCUGGCGUCCAAAUUGAAGGAGGUCCUGGAUCCUCAGGUAGCAGAGGUAUCCAGGCCUCUAAAGAGUGUGGAUGUGCGCGUGCUGGAGCUGUGCGACUCCGCCACACCAGCCUUGGUAUGUAGCGCAAUCGCUCGUGCGGGUCAAUGCCCCGAAUCGGAAAUCCGAGUCGGGGACAUUCGGGAGGACCGCUCGGGCGUUCGCACGGCCUGGGUAAGGUGUCCCAUCGCGGCGGCCAAACGGCUGACCGCCAACGGCACCAGACUCCUAGUCGGAUGGGUUUCGGCGCAGGUAAAACUGCUGCCGGCUAGGCCCAUGCAGUGCUUCCGCUGCCUAGAGACGGGUCAUGUCUCGCAGCGGUGCACUGCCGAGUCCGACAGGAGCCUGCUGUGCUACAGGUGCGGCGAGCCGGGUCACAAGGCCGCGGCGUGCAACGCCGCCCCCAAGUGCAUCUUGUGCGCGGGGGCAGGCAAGCCGACGGGGCACCGCGUGGGGAGCAAGGCGUGCUCCAGCACGCGCCAAAAUAAAAAAAGGAGAGGUGGGAAGCGGGGUGCGUCCGCGGCUACGGCCCAGACGCAGCCUGCUCGUGCGGCUCAGAGCGCCGAGGCGAUGGAAACGGGGGCCUCUUAA